CUCUGAACAAAAUCAACCGUCGGAGCAUUUUUCUUCACCGUGCUCUACCUCCCUGGCCUGUAGCAGCUUUAGCUGCCAUAUGUAAUUCACCUCCAUUCAUUCAUAUUUAAAACACACGUUGUCUCCUUGUUGUUUGCGUAAAGUUUUCCUUUUUAGAAGCGGAAGCUGCGUUUUCGCUUCGCUUUGCCGCUCAUUUGGACGUUUGUCGGUGUAUGCCUCGGUGAGUGUCCGUAGCAGGCUGGGUGGUGACAGCAAACAUGAUCGAACGACCAGAAACUGCGGUUCCCAGCAUCGCUCAGCGGAACUUGGAGGGGUACGUGGGCUUCGCCAAUCUUCCCAACCAGGUUUAUCGGAAGUCUGUGAAACGAGGGUUUGAGUUUACGUUAAUGGUUGUAGGCGAGUCUGGUCUGGGCAAGUCGACGCUCAUCAACUCUUUGUUCCUCACUGACCUGUACUCUAAAGACUACCCAGGACCCUCGCAGCGCAUCAAGAAGACUGUGCAGGUCGAGCAGUCCAAAGUGUUGAUCAAAGAAGGCGGGGUCCAGCUGACGCUCACCAUUGUGGACACCCCAGGCUUUGGAGAUGCAGUGGACAACAGUAACUGUUGGCAGCCUGUUAUAAAUUACAUCGACAGUAAGUGCGAGGACUUCCUGAAUGCCGAGUCCAGGGUGAACCGAAGGUCCAUGCCAGACAACAGAGUUCACUGCUGCCUGUAUUUCAUCGCCCCGUCUGGACACGGCCUAAAGCCGCUGGAUAUCGAGUUCAUGAAGAGACUCCACGACAAGGUCAACGUCAUCCCUCUCAUUGCAAAGGCCGACACUCUGACCCCUGAGGAGUGCCAGCUGUUUAAAAAACAGAUAAUGAAAGAGAUACAAGAACACAAAAUAAAAAUUUAUGAGUUCCCUGACACCGAGGAUGAUGAGGACAACAAGCUCAUCCGAAAGGUUAAGGAAAAGAUGCCUCUUGCUGUGGUUGGCAGCAACGUGGUUGUUGAGGUGAAUGGCAAGAAGGUCAGAGGUCGUCAGUACCCUUGGGGCGUGGCAGAAGUGGAAAACGGGGAACACUGCGACUUCACGGUGCUGCGCAACAUGUUGAUCCGAACCCACAUGCAGGAUCUUAAGGACGUCACCAACAACGUCCAUUAUGAGAAUUACCGCAGUAAGAAACUAGCAGCUGUCACCUGUAACGGAGUGGACACCUCAAAGACCAAGGGACAGCUCACAAAGAGUCCUCUGGCUCAGAUGGAGGAGGAGCGCAGGGAGCAUGUGAUGAAGAUGAAGAAGAUGGAGGCAGAGAUGGAGCAGGUGUUUGAGAUGAAGGUGAAAGAGAAGAAGCAGAAGCUGAAGGAUUCAGAGGCGGAGCUUGAAAGACGCCACGAACAAAUGAAGAAAAACUUGGAGGCGCAGUACAAGGAGCUGGAGGAGAAAAGACGAGUGUUUGAGGAGGAGAAGGUCAACUGGGAGGCUCAGCAAAGAAUCCUGGAGCAGCAGAAACUCGACGCCUCCAAGACGAUGGAGAAGAACAAGAAGAAAGGGAAAAUCUUUUAAACUGAGUGGAAAUUUUCCUAUUUCAGUUCCACACAAACCUCCUUUUCACAUCUGAAGUUGCGUGGGCCUGCGAGCGCUCACCCGCUCUCACACACACCCACUCUCACACACACACCCACUCUCACACACACACCCUCACACACACCCACUCUCACACACACCCACUCUCACACACACCCGCUCUCACACACACCCACACACACACACACACACACGGAGUCAAAAACAGACUCGUCUCUCUGCCGGGUAUGAUGCAGAGCUCUUUGUUUCGGUGGGGAAUGCAUGUGUUUGUGAUAUUCUAUUUUCCUAUAUUUCCUGACAAAGAGGUGAAACUGUGUUCCUCUGAGCCAGCAGGACCCUUCAGAGCAGCUUCCGCGCAUGCAGCCGUCCACAGAGCUGCAGAUGCAUCAGCUGAUUCUUUAUAGUUAAGGAUUUAUUUGGUGUGAAGACACUAAAAGACUUGGAGGGCUCCUGGAGUGCGGCUGCGGGAUUCUAGACCCGGUCAGCAGAGCUGCAGACAGAACUUUAAAUCAUGUCCGUAAAUAAAAAUAAAAAUAAAAAAACAACAAUCUGAAUUUUUAGUUUUCUGUGACGAACUCGCCAUGUCAAAUAUUUUAAUAUGCAUAAUAUUUCUCCUCUCUUUAAAAAUGUAUUUAGAGUUUGUCGCAUUAAAAAGGGGUAUUUUUAACAUUUUAUCUGUUUGAUAAAGAUAUUUUUAAAUCAUAAGUCUUGAAAUCUGUGUUGAAAUUUAUGGUAAACUUAUAGUUUCAUUUUUUCAUCAACAACCACGCGUUUAAAUAUCUGGUGUCUGCUCUGAUUUUUUAUUAUUUUAGUGUCGCGGCUCGUUUUUACAAAACAAGCCCAGACGAAGUCAUGAGAGUCGGGCCCGGCCGGGUCUUUAGGUGGGAUCUGUUGGAGGGGGAAGCUGUGGGCUUUUUAUUAUUAUUAUUUUAACCUCAUAAGAAUUUCUUAACCAUUCAGAGGAAUUAAAGGACUAAUUCAGAGUUUCAGGAACCAUCGGUUCAACCGUAAUCAGCUGUUUUAAAUCGUGAUACUUGUGGUGAGUAUUGUCAUCAACCUAAACCCUGGCGUCCAAAAACAAACGUUAAAAAUUCAUCAAAUUCUUAAAAAUAUGAUUUGUGGAGCAUUUUCUCCUAUUUAACCCAAGUGUUUCCUUUUAUUUUACAGUUUUAUUUCAAAAACAGACUUCCCUCUGUUUAUUUUUCAGAAAUAACGUUUAAAUGGUUCAGUCUUUCCUCGAGUGGGAAUGUUUAUUUUCAUAUAAUAGUAAUGAUAAUUUGUAGUUAAAUCCUGAAAUGAAUCCACCUUUAGGUGAGUCGUUUUCCGUGAGCUUGUUGUCUCAUAAUAAACAAAAGAUCAGCGUUAAACCGUGCGGAUCCAGUUAUAAUCAUGUGUACAUACAGCUAUGGUCUUGUUCUGUUUUUAUAUAUAAUUUGUUCUUUUUUUAAUGUUUUUAUGUCAGAUACUCAAAAAGACUCCAUAAAAACUUGCAUUUAUGCAUAAAUGACACGACCGCUUCUCAGGACCGCUCCAUCAGUUCUCAUCUAAUGUUGGUAAAAAUGUUUAUCUGGUCUGAAGUUCAAAGGUUUUCAACCAGCUUGUAACCACUGACCCAAAACUGGUCAGUUUAGAUGUAUUUUUUGUAACAUUUUCUUUUAUAUAUAAAUAUUAAACAGUGUUUUUUGCUUCUUCUGUCUAUUAACUGUACAUGGUUAAUAAUAAAGUUAUGCUUUAACGA